GUCACCAUUGGCGUCCGCGUGCGCAAUGACGCAUACUACGUCACCGCGCCUCGCCCCGCCCCCGGUUGGGGGCGGGAAACUUACGCAGGUCCGUGUGGGCGUCGCGCGCUUUGAGGAGCCCGCGGCGUCCGGUGCCAUGGCCGCUUCCUUGCCUGCGUUGCCGGCGGUCACGUUGCCGGCUGUAGUGGAGGAGCUCCUGAACGAGAUGGCCGCGGCGGUGCGGGAGUGUGCACGAAUUCCUGAUGAGCAUCUAUUAUCGCUGAAGUUUGUCUUUGGCUCAUCGGCUGUCCAGGCCUUGGACCUAGUUGAUCGACAGUCUGUCACCUUAAUCUCAUCACCCAGUGGGAGGCGUGUUUACCAGGUACUUGGAAGUUCUGGUAAAACAUACACAUGUUUGGCUUCCUGUCAUUACUGUUCAUGUCCUGCAUUUGCCUUCACAGUGCUACGGAAGAGUGACAGCCUGCUGUGCAAGCAUCUCUUGGCAGUUUACCUUAGUCAGGUUAUGAGGACCUGUCAGCAGCUAAGUGUCUCUGACAAGCAGUUGACUGAUAUAUUAUUGACGGAGAAGAAACAAGAAGUGUAAAAGGCACAGAUGGAGCAUCAUUAUCUUUCACAAUAGAAGUCCCGUCAUGAAACACAUUUAACCUAUCGUGGUUUACGUGGAAGAGAGGUGAAAUGCAUCUUCCAGGGACUUGUUACCGUCCAUUUUCCCUUCCGGACUGCAGAAAGGACUGUGUUGGAACCCAGGAUGUGUCAUAAAAACUCUGAAGCAGUGUCUUGAGUCCCUUAGGUGAAGAAUUUUCUAGAUGGAAUCAAGCAUGUUAGACUCAAAGCCUAAUGUCAUGUCUUGUUCACAGUCGAUUCUUAAGUAAAUAACUAGUAAUUUCUGAGAGAUUGGAAUGGUAGAUGAAAUGGAGUAAGAUGAAGUUCAGAGGAGUAUUAGUUCUCUGCCUUGGGUCCAGAAGUCAUCCUGUAACAAUAAAAGAUCAGAGCAAAGAUGCAACUGAGCAGCACGUUCACAAAAGAUGGGUUCUGGUGUCAGUGAGCUUCCACUAUCUGGAGUGUUUGUGCAGAAAAGCUUACGUAGACUUCUUAGGAAGGGAGUGUCCAGAGCAAGGCAAGAGUGGCCGGUUCUGAGCUUUAUAACAGGCCAGUAAAGGGAGGCCUGAAACUCAUGUCCUGAAGGGAGCUGAACAUACACUGCCAGGGAUUUCCAGCCUGAGGAAGAAAGGGCAAAAGGGAUGCCAAGACCGGUGUUAGAAGGGGGAGAAAUAGGACUCGUUUAGGCCCCAAAAGAAAUCAAAGGAACGAUGAGAAAUGAAAAUGACAGACUUCAGCACAAGAUGAGCUUUUUUAAUAGGUACAUGUGUCCACAGGCAGCAUGGGAUUCUAGGACAGGAAUUCUUUGGCUCUGCAAGAGUCCAUAAACCUGCAGUGUCCUUGCAGAGAUACUGCAGAAGGGACUGAAGCAGGGAACAAACAUGGAAUAGCUGUGCAGAAGGCGACGGAUGCCAGUGUUCUGUGGUUGGCAGGGCCUUUUCUCAUGUUGAGUUUGUGGCAAAUAAAAUAAUAUAUCAAGAAUUUUCUAGUUGGGAAAUUUGGGCCAGUUAUAAAUUUACUGUUUAAGCAGUCUUAAGGGUAAAGAAUAAAAGCUCUGUAUGACAACCAA